UUAAUAGAAAACUACAGAAAUUUCCCUCCUUACCCUUGCCCGUCUCCUACGAUCCUACCUGCACGCCACUCGAAUCCAAGCGGAAGUUCGCCGCUGGAGCGCCGCUGGAGCGCCGCCGUCCGCUCUAUCUUCUCCAACCCCGGCAUGCCAAGCACUCCCCCUCCUCCUCCUUCACGCUUGCCUACUCCUUCCUACGCCUCGCGGCCGAGCCCACUCCUUCCUGCACCUGGACAGCUGGACUCAAGCUACCGAGAAUGAGGAUGUCGGCCAUGGUUCGCUAAGCCGCCGUCGGCGCCUCGCUCGUGUGGCGCGCUGGGAGCGCCGCCGGCCCUCCGCCCCUCGCUCGUAACCGCUCCCCGUGCUCCUCUUCCACCGGCCGUAGCAUCCGCCUCCGCUCCCGGCGCCGAUGCGGCCGUGACGCCGCCGGGCCCCGGGGAAGCGCGGGGCAACGGACGCCGCUCGCCUCACCCACUGGAAGCGGAAGGGAGGAAUUUCUGGCCAGUCAGGCUCCCAUCUUCAUGAAUCAGGCUUCUCGACAUAUGUCUAGACCAUCGAUUAUUCUCAAGCUUAUUCUGGGCUUGCUCUGGGGCAUCAUCCAUUUGGCAAUCAGCCUUUUUAAUUUAUGGCCUUUCCUGAUUUACAAUCUAGAAUGCUGUCUUAUUUCGUCUGGGCUGUUGCGGAAGUAUCGAUAUCUCCACCUGGAUAGGCUGAAGUACUUGGCCAUCGUGGUAGAUAGCAAAGAAGCUAAAAAUACCGUGAAGAUCAGGCAGCUAUUGUGCUGGCUCUCAGCAAUGGGUGUGAAGUAUAUAUGUCUCUACGACAUUGAGGGAGUCCUGAAGAAAUCGCUUGAACCGGCUAUGAAGGGUUCAAGAGAUGGGAAGGCAGGAGAAUAUUUGGAUAUUGGUGCAAGCAUCAAUUAUUCACAUUCUAGCCACAAAGAUAUGGUGAUCGAGUGCCUUUCUGGUUCUGAUGGCAAGGAGGGUAUUGCUAAAGCAGCCAAUUUACUUUGCUCAACUUACUUAAAUGGUGAUACUCAUGGAAAUGGCAAAAGGGAGCCAACAUUUACAGAAGCUGACAUGGCCAGUGCGUUGAAAGCUGUAGGUUGUGGUGGACCAGAACCUGAUCUUCUUCUCAUGUAUGGUCCUGCUAGAUGUCAUUUAGGCUUUCCUGCAUGGAGAUUACGGUAUACUGAAAUUAUGCAUAUGGGACCACUAAACUCAAUGAAAUACGGUGCCAUUGUUAAAGCUUUAUACAACUUCUCAAAGAAAUACCAAAAUUACGGUAAGUCAGAAUAUACGGGAUCAUAUCCCUUUGUAAAAUUGCGUCGACAACAAUGAUUAAUGAAGCUGCCCUCGAGCACACGGGCAAGUUUAAAUCGAGAUUGAUACUCUUUGUGCCUGCCUCUGCCCUGUAUCUAUAUGCUGAACUGCCGACACCAUGUGGUGUUUUGACUUUUCUAUAUCAUCAUUCGUGUUACCCUAUAAUUUCCAUCUGCCAAAUUUCUAUCUGUUGUUUUGCUGAGCAUGGAACUGUUUUCUUCUAGCAUAGCAAUGCGACAGCAGGACAUGGAUUCA